AUGGUUGGCUGGCACGAACGCUCAUGGGGUUACCGUGGAGAUGAAGGACAGGCAUUUGCUGAAGGGCGCGACGCCGAUUACGACGCCAAGUACGACGAAAAUGCCGUCAUAGGGUGUGGCAUCAAUUUCGAUGAACACAUUGCUUUCUACACCAGAGACGAAGUUGUCCUAGGAAAAGCGUUCACGGAUAUCAAGGGAAAACUGUACCCUGCCGUUAGCGUCGAUGAGUGCAUGGUGGGCUCGCGGGUGUCGACCAAAUUUUGGGUCGGCGAAACGACAAACUUCAUGUAUAAGGGCAGCCUUACAGCUCCGGGGACGCUGACCCGGCCAUGGCAGAUGGAGCCGCAGCCGCCUACUUCAUCUCUGAUCCAAACAUGGCUGCAAUCUCUCGAUAGUUUUGCUACAUGUGCCAUACUCCCACUUGACCUCUCCUAA